GUAGCACAGCCCACCAGCCGCGCAUCCUUGCAGAUCCUGCAGCACCCCCCUCUCCAUCCCUCCCUCCCUCCCUCCAUCUAGCUCUCCCUCCCUCUCUCUCUCUCUCUCUCUCUCUCUCUCUCUCCCGCUCACCCAGGGGCUCUCUCCGGCCACACACACUGCACUCAUCUCGGACUGCAGCCGGCGGUCAGUACCUGUCUCUGGUCAGAGUUGUCCGGCUGAGUGGUCCAAGGAUCAGGGAACCAGCUCACUGUAUUGUGCUCUGGCUGGCCGGACUGGAGAAGCUCUGAGCUCUGGAUCUCAAGUGAGGGACUUGUUUUGGGCAGGUUGCUGGACCUGUGGCUCUUGGUGUUGGUCCUCAUUGUCCUUGCUCUAGCUCCUUUAGGUAGUUGAGGAAUCCUCCCCAGACAGUCCUGCAGCAGGUGCCCAGUCUCCUAGUGCAGGUUUUUUGGGCUCUCUCCUGGGAAAAUCAGAAGAUGCGCCUUGCCCUCUAGACCAGGACCAGCAAUGAUUCCCGAGCAGAACAACCAUGUCGUGUCCACCAUCGAGAACAUGCCAGCUGAGAACAUCUCCACCAGCUCUGGACCUCUGCAGAGGCUGAAGAAAGUAUUUAACAGGGAGAUGCUGUUGUCCAUGGCGCUGGGGCAGGUGUUAUCUCUUCUAAUAUGUGGAAUCCGACUCACCAGUAAAUACCUGUCAGAGGAGUUUCAUGCCAAUACUCCCCUCUUCCAGAGUUUCCUUAAUUACAUCCUUCUUUUCUUGGUUUACACAACCACGUUGGCUGUAAGGCAAGGAGAGGAAAAUUUAUUGGCAAUUUUGAAAAGGAGAUGGUGGAAGUACAUGUUCCUAGGGAUAAUAGACAUAGAAGCCACUUAUUUAGUGGUAAAAGCACAUCAAUAUACCACUUUUGUCAGCAUACAGUUACUAAACUGUUUUGUCUUCCCCGUGGUCAUAUUACUUUCCUGGUUCUUCUUGCUGGUACGAUAUAAAGUUUUGCAUUUUGUCGGAGCUGUGGCCUGUAUCCUGGGCAUUGGCUGUAUGGCGGGAGCUGAUGUCCUAAUGGGAAGACAGCAGAAAGAAGACUUUUACAGAGGAGACAGUAAGCUGAUUGGGGAUGUCUUAGUGCUUGGUGGAGCUACGCUUUAUGGCAUUUCCUGCGUGUGCCAGGAAUAUAUCGUAAGAAACCUAAGUCGGAUAGAGCUACUCGGGAUGAUUGGACUGUUUGGAUCCUUCUUUAGUGGGAUUCAGCUAGCGAUAAUGGAACACAAGGAAUUGUUAAAGGUUCCAUGGGACUGGCAAAUAGGAUUGCUGUACGUGGGAUACACAGCCUGCAUGUUUGGCCUGUACAGCUUCAUGCCUGUGGUGAUUAAGAAAACAAGUGCCACAGCCAUCAACCUUUCUUCACUAACAGCAGAACUCUAUACCUUUUUCUGUGGGCUGUUCCUGUUCAAUUAUAAGUUUUCAGCGCUGUACCUUCUGUCCUUUUUCACAAUCCUGAUUGGACUGCUCUUGUACUUUUCAACAACAACAUAUGUCGCCCAAGACCCAAGAGUGUACAAGCAGUUCCGCAAUCCAUCAGGACCAGUAGUAGAACUACCGGCAAGUGGACAACAUGAGCCCUCUGUAACAUACACCAGUUUAAGCCAAGAAACAGAGGAGGAACCACACAUUAGAGUUGCCUAAAGUCAAAAAGUUAUCACCCACUGAGGACUCAGUGGCAUCUGUUUGUUCAUUAUCUCUGUAUUGUGCAUAGAGAAAGGUAUUUACCAGGUACAGUUACACGAAGGGACUUUAAAGCAUGGAAUGGUUUGAAUAGAAGCAAGAAUCAUCAAGCAGUGGUCAACCUCUGAAACAACUUGAGUGUGUUGAGUUAGAUCUCGCUGCACAGGUUUUUUUCUGAGAAUUGUGAGAAAGUAACAUUGGAGAGGGUAGAGAAAAAGAUGGAAAAUAAAGGUGAUAUUACCUCAACAUUUUACUUUUCACAUGUCCUCAUGUGAUAUUUUACCAAGAUCACAGCAUAAGGUUUCAGAACAUGUCUGUUGUUAUCACACACUGCCACGUGGUCGCAUUCAUGAAGCUAUCUCAAUAUAUGAAAAACAUUUUUAAUAUUCCUGUAAGUACACUGCCAGCUGUCUGACCUCUUGCACCACUCAUGACAGAAAGUUUAUGUCAUUUUGUUUUCUAGCGUAUUGUUUUAUAUAUUCACUUUUUAAAAUUUGAUAAUUAAGUUGCUUUGCUUUAUUUUCUAAUUACUAUAUGUGUCAAAAUCACAUUUAUGACUUUACAGACAUUGGCCUUGAAUUGACGUUGACAGCCUCGCAGAGAUGACAUCAAUAGGUCUAGGCCUUUGUUUACUUACACCAGUACAUUAAGCUGAUUCCAUAAAAACACAUUCCACAAAGAUUUAUUUGGCAUGCUGUCCAGUGUAUGGGGUUUACUGUCUUCAAAACACCUAUAUUUUCUACGGCAAUCUAAAUGUCAGUGGUAUACCACAUUGUAAUCUUACAGUUUAUCACACAAUAGCUACACAUCAAUAGAAAUUUGCAGUAAUUGUCACAUUGUUUCAAAUUGCACUGCCAGAUUCUAUGCGGUUUCUUCACUGUAGUAAUAUUUCAAAUAGUGCCAUGGUAUUUUCGCACCACAAGAACAUUCCUAUAUUACUAGUUGCCCUUAAUUAGAUUUGUCAGGUUUCUAAGAUUUGACUACGUUUUUGUCCAAUAUGCUAAAUAAUAAUGAUAUAUAAUGAUAAAUGGUAUGUUAAGAAGCUGUUCUAAGCAAGAAUCAUCUGUUUCUUUUCAAUCAUCAAUCAGGAGUGUAAGGUAGAAGCCAGAAUCCAGAUUAUUUUGUAUUCAGUAAAGCCAUCACCUAACGUAACCCAACACAAUGCAGUGGAUAAGAUUUAAAGGUGACCCUGAAAUGAAAGUGGGACAAAGUUGCUGAAGUGAAGUAACCACCAUGAAGAUCAAAUGAUAUUUUCCAAAAAAUGUUACUGGUGGCCAUUAUGAGGGAUCAACUUUAAAAAACUUGCCCUGUUUAAUGACAGUGGUCCCCAAAUCAUUAGUCAAGGUUCACCAGCAAUUAACAGAGCUUGGGUCAUCCGUGAGAUCUGAGUUAGGAACCCCUGAAGCAUACGCUGUGUAACAACAAAUGAAUCAUAGAAAUGAACUUCAUGGUUAUUAAGGUCCAUAAUAUAUUUCUGGUCCUGUUUUACACCUAGCUAUGACUCUGCACUGCUCUUGUCAACAUCAUUGCUCAUUUGUAAUAUUUUCAAUUCCACCAGAUUCUUAAAAAGCCUUUCACUUCUAGGAAUUUUUGUAAGUUUGUGCUAGGUGCACUAACAUUUUCAGACCUUUUUAUCUGAAGUGUUUACAUAAAAACUCAAGUUCAAACACUUAGUAUUUAUUUAAAAUACCAAAAUGAAUAGACGUUUUUUGAUAGUUUAUCAUUUAAGGCAUAUAGUGCAGUGAUCUUGUGAUUUUCACAUCAGGUCUGCUUUUCAUGUCUACUCAGCAUUUUAUUAUAGUAAGUGGCAUUGCAAACUGUACACAAUACUGUUUUUUAUAUGUAUUUUAGUAGGUGCAUAGACUGUUCUCCAUUAAAAAGUAAUAACUGCAUUGUACCCUGUCGGUCUCAAUAAUCUCUUCUUUACAUGUAUAUUAUUACUAGGGAUACGGCUACGUAGGGAUGUUGAUCAACAUUGAUACGUCAUAUUAAACCCAAGGAAGGGUUUUGCAAACCAGUAUUGGCAUUUCAGUCCAUUUUAUUGGUUGUGACCAAAAAACAAUGCAAGAAGUUUAUCAUUAAGAGAAUAUAUACAGUAAAGUACAGUUGUUCAUGGACUUGUUGGGCUGAUCAAGACCUGUUCCCCUUCGAUAAUAGAGUGCUAUAAUUGCUUUGUGACCUCACUUUGGACCAAGUUUACCAACAAUAAUUAAAUGUUAUGAUCAUGUCCUGGAUUAGCUGACAAAACUUAAUGUCAUGCAAUUUCUAUGACAAGCAAGACAAACGGCUUUUCUCUUCAUCAUCAACAUAUGCAGUUUCCUAUGUACUACGUACAUAUUCUUUCGAUCUGUUAAAAUAAAUAAAAUAUUUUAUCAAAUUAAAUAUUCUCCUAAAAAUGAAAGAUAAGUAAAAGGAAUAUAAGAAUUACAUGAGACACCAUUUUUUCUUGUCUUAAUGGUGUGUAUAGGUAAUUGUUACUAUUGUCGAUUUCAUGGUGCAAUAAAAUGACCAUAAAGUGGCCUGCCAAGUUCAUGUCAGUUUUUAAAACCAGUAUUUCUAGAGAUAUCCUUAAUUGCACCAUGACUAGCCACAUAAAGUGAUCGUAUGGGAGAGUGUAAGAUGACAUCAUGAUCAAACUCUAUGAGAUAAACUGGCCCAGACAAGUGCCAUGCACCAAUUCCUAUACUACUGAGCCAUAGGAUAACAUGAUAAACCACCAGCAGUUUAUUAGUUUUCCCAUUGACUGUGUAAAAACCUCCGCUCAUUAUAGAUAGCAUUUUUUUUAUCAGCAUUUUUUCUAUAUCUACCUUAUUAUAGUACAUCAUAGGGUUUGUUUAUAAUCCAAAACCUGUGGUUUUUCUUAUGGUGUUUAUGGUUAAGAGGGUUGUCCAUAGAAUUCUCUGUGCAGUUAAAAUAUUGGGCAUAUUACAAUAUGUAUCAUAAAAUGUGGGCAUAUACCGUAUAUACAUCACUGUGCAAAAUGUACAAUGAGGAAAGGGGUAGGCAACCUUCAGCACUCUAGAUGUUAUGGACUACAUCUCCCAUAAUGUUCUGAAGGCCAUAAUGCUGGCAAAGCAUCAAGGGAUAUGUAGUCCACAAUGUCUGGAGUGCCAAAGGUUGCCGACCCUUACAUUAAAUCAUCUCAAGUCAAUUAUUAUUGGAUUUGGUCAAAGACUUUACCAAUAUGUUCCAGGUAGCUUGCCCAAUCUAGUAGGCUGGGAUUAAACUGGAAUAAAUCAUACGCUCACUACACCGUCAUACAGAGAUGGAAUUUGGUGAACAAUCCAAAUUAUUUUAUAUUUAGUUGAGUUACUUACAUUUCAGGAGCAGUGCUAUUUUUUUUUUUUAAGCCGUUUAGCUAUGAAACUAAAUGCCCUUUAAACUUUGGAAAGGAUAUCAUUAAUACCCUGGUGGGAGGGCACACUCCGUCUGAUACAAUUUGCAAACAAAAUCAAACCAAACGUUUCAUGAGUACAGAGGUCUUGUAUCAACGUGAAGAACAAACCCUUCUCUGUUUUUGAUAUUUGCAUGUUCCUUAAUGGACUGACUGUGGCAAUGUAAUGCCUGUAAAUUGUUUUCAAAAAAUAAAAAGAGUUUAUGAAAAUGUC